GUCUCGCGAAGGCGGAACCCGAGUAAGCGGCCCCCCUCCCCCCCCUGUUUCUGGAGGGACUUUGAAGUAGCCUGACAGAGGCAGGAACCGCGAACAGGUGGACAGGUCCAACCCGCGAGGGGCCGCCGUCGAAACCCGCAGAGCCUCGGCCGAGCGGCGGACAUGUUGCCCGCGGUCCGAAACAGCGACGCGAAGCAGAAGGAUGCUGACCGCGCUGUGGUCGUUGCAGUAACGUCUCGUGCAGUGUUUGAAUCUGGAGGCGCCGACGACGAUGAGGAUCAGGAUCAGGUGUACGAAGUGGGCACGGCUUUCCCGCUGCUGCAGGCGCUCCAGAGAGUGAACCACCGUCUGCUGGAGGAGAAUCCUGUCGAGUCGCUGCUGUUUGAUGUCGUCCUGAUCACCACCGACAGGCGGCGGCAGCGGCAGAGCUCCCGCAUCACCGCCAGCACCAGGCACUACGGUCUUGAAGUCGGGAGGUUUUGUUUUGCCGCCGAGGAGGAUUUCAUCGAGAGUUUGCUGAAAAAUAACGUGCGGCUCUUCCUGUCGACGGACAGAAACGAGGCGGCGCAGGCAUCACAGCAAGGUGUUUUCUCGGCACUGCUGGACCAGCAGACGGCUUCCUUUCCGUCAGAGCAGCUCAGAAUUUUAUUCUGCGGAGACGCCAUCAUCCGGCCCGACACCGGCCCGACGCCGGCGAGCAGACAGGCUGCUCAGAGCUUCUCGGCUCAGCUGGGUGAGAUGCGGCGGAGCUUCAGUGUGCUCGACAGCCCUCUCAGCAUCGUCCUGGUCACGUCGCGUGGCGGCAGAGAAAGCUGCGGCGAGGCCCUGCGGGCGCUGCGGUCUCGCGGCGUCAGCGUGGACGAGGCCUACUGCCUGGCCGGGUCCCCUCGGGGCCGCAUGCUGUCCCUGCUCCGUCCUCAUUUCAUGCUCAGCGACGGCUUCGGCGACCUGGAGGGGUGAUGACGUCAUGGGGGGGCUGUCACAUGACUUCACUAAAAAACCUUCACUGUGUCUUUAAGAGAAGCUGCCAAAUCCACCGUCUGGACUCAGAGUGAAACGUGUCUUAAGAAUUUUGUCUGUUUUAAACUCCGAGUGGUUGUGAAACAAAGAGUUUUCUGUUUCCAACAUAGUUAUCACGAGUUUACUGAUUUAUAGAAAUGUCUCCAUUGCUCUUUAUUGCUUGUCACUGCUCUCGUGCUCUCGUCCCCCUCGGGAUUCUGCCGGAAUGACGACUCAAGUUUUCCAGUGAUCCGAUUGAUCAAAGGUUGAGCUGUUGACGAGUUAUGAUCUGAUCCUCCGAGCUGAACCUGCUCUGGAGCAGGUUGUGGCCUGCGUUUACUUUAUAGAAAAUCAACACUGAGCUCGGAGAAAGUUUUAGGGACUGCAGGAAGCCGGAAGAAAAGAGAGAGGGUUGAUUUUUGAGAUACAGAUCGGUGAACAGUUGUUGCAGGUUACUGUCAUUUCUUUCUGAAAGGGACUGACAGUGAGAUUUACAGAUAAUUAUGUAUUUUACACAUAAAUAAAAUAAUAAAAAGAAAAAGGGCAAUACAGA